AUGGUCACUAACGAAGGGAUACAUGCUAAUCCUGAAAAGAUCCAGGCAAUAGUUGAGAUGGCAUCCCCAAAAACACUACGGGAUGUACAAACUUUAAAUGGAAGGUUGGCAGCACUAGGACGCUUCCUAGCAAAAUCUGCAGAAAGGUCGUUACCCUUUUUCAAAACUUUAAAAGGGUGUUUAAACAAAAAAGAUUUCAAAUGGAGCAGGGAAGCAGAAUCGGCGUUCCAAGAACUUAAGAGCCACCUUCAAUCUCUGCCGGCAUUAACGGUCCCAAGACCGGGCGAAACAUUGAUCCUUUAUCUAGCAGCCGCAAAAGAAGCCAUUAACGCAGUUCUCUUAGCAGAACGUCAGAAUGUCCAAAAACCAGUACACUUCGUCAGUAGAGCUCUUCAGGGACUAGAGUUAAACUACCCAAACCUCGAAAAGUCAGCUCUAGCUCUAGUAAAUGUCGCACGUAGACUACGUAGAUAUUUUCAAGCACACACAAUUUGUGUUUUGAUAGAUCAACCAAUUAGACAGGUCCUUCUAAAACCGGAAAAUUCUAGACGACUGGCAAAAUGGGCAGUCGAAUUAGGAGAACACGAAAUUAUAUACAAGCCACGCACAUCAUUAAAAGGACAGGUCUUGGCAGAUUUUCUGGCAGAAUCACCAACUAUCACCCACAACAACCAAUUAACGGAUCAACAGCCAAGUCGAUCACCCAACUUAACAUGGACUUUAUUCACUGAUGGAGCCUCCAGCAUUGACGGCUCUAGAGCCGGCUUGAUUUUGACGGACCCGGACGGACAAGAAAUAACCGAUGCCCUCCGAUUCAACUUCAAAGCCUUGAAUACUGAAGCCGAGUACGAGGCUCUAAUUGCCGGUCUAGAACUAGCAAUUCAGAUGGAAACAAAACAUUUGCAUGUAUACACUGAUUCUUUGUUAGUUGUCAACCAGGUUAAUGGAGAAUACACGGCUAGGGAAGAGGUCAUGCAAAAGUACUUAAAAAAGGUGACAGUCUUGAGGAAAUCCUUCAACACGUUUAUAAAAACGCAGGUGCCAAGAUCGAAGAACAAACAAGCAGACGCCCUCAGCAAGCUAGCGUCUUCCUCAUUCACACACCUAACAAAGAAUUUGUUGGUUGAAAUUGUUCCUAGAAGAAGUAUCGAAGUAAAACUGGUCAGCUCGGCUGAAACAGUGGAAGGAACCUGGAUGAAUCCAAUCAUAGACUACUUGAAAAACGGGACCUUACCAGAUGACCAUAGUGAAGCACGGAAGAUAAGAAUCAAAGCACCCCAAUACUCAAUAAAACAGGAAAUAUUGUACAAGAAAGGAUACUUGACUCCUUGGUUAAGGUGUGUGACAUCCGAAGAAGCUAACUACGUACUACAAGAGUCACACUUUGGCUCGUGUGGAUCACAUGCUGGAGCACGCAGCAUUGCACAAAAAGCAGCAAGGCUAGGAUAUUUUUGGCCAACAAUGUACUGUGAUGCAACCAAACUCGUCCAAAUUUGUGAAAAUUGUCAGCGACACGCACCUAUCAUACACCAGCUCCAACAAGAUUUGACAAGCAUCUCAAGCCCAUGGCCAUUCUAUCAAUGGGGAAUCGAUAUUGUGGGACCAUUCCCAAUGGCACCAGGAAAAGUAAGAUUCUUAGUAGUCGCAAUUGACUACUUUACUAAGUGGGCAGAAGCGGAGCCAUUGGCAACGAUAACUGGCCAGAGAAUUCUUAAGUUUGUAUGGCGCAAUAUCGUAUGUCGUUUUGGUAUUCCUUGA